UCAUUCCCAUUUGGCUACUGUAGCUGUAGUUUAUAGAACCACCCAAAGGUUCACAAACCCUAGUCUUUCUUUCUCUCCCUGACUGAAGCUCCUACGCCAUGGCUUCCCGAAGAAUUUUAUCCUCUCUGCUCCGAUCGUCCACUCGGCGAUCGUCUUCCAGAUCGGCCCUCUCGAGCCCUAGCCCUAGACUUGCGUCCCCAGCACCCCCAAGCCGCGCGUCUCCGUACGGCUAUCUCCUCUCGCGCGUGGCGGAAUACUCGACCUCGGCGGCUGCGGCCGCUCCACCUUCCCCACCGGCUCCACCGAAGGACGCCGGUAAGGGAGGGAAGAUCACCGACGAGUUCACCGGAGCCGGCGCGAUCGGGCAGGUGUGCCAGGUGAUCGGUGCUGUUGUGGACGUGAGGUUCCAGGAGGGGCUGCCGCCGAUCCUAACAGCGCUGGAGGUUCUCGACAACUCGAUCCGGCUGGUGCUGGAAGUGGCGCAGCACUUGGGGGAGAACAUGGUUCGUACUAUCGCUAUGGACGGUACGGAAGGAUUGGUCCGAGGGCAGCGAGUGCUCAACACCGGUUCUCCUAUUACUGUGCCUGUUGGUAGAGCUACACUUGGCCGUAUCAUGAAUGUUAUUGGGGAGCCCAUUGACGAGAGGGGUGAAAUCAAAACUGAUCACUAUUUGCCAAUCCAUAGAGAAGCUCCAUCAUUUGUUGAGCAGGCAACUGAACAAGAAAUCCUUGUUACGGGAAUUAAGGUUGUUGAUCUUCUUGCACCAUACCAAAGGGGUGGUAAGAUUGGUCUGUUUGGUGGUGCUGGUGUAGGAAAAACUGUGCUUAUCAUGGAACUUAUCAACAAUGUUGCAAAAGCUCAUGGUGGUUUCUCUGUGUUUGCGGGUGUUGGAGAACGCACUCGAGAGGGUAAUGACUUGUACAGGGAAAUGAUGGAGAGUGGUGUCAUUAAGCUGGGUGAAAAGCAGGCUGAAAGUAAAUGUGCUCUUGUAUAUGGUCAAAUGAAUGAGCCCCCUGGUGCUCGUGCUCGUGUUGGUCUCACUGGUCUGACUGUGGCUGAACACUUCCGUGAUGCUGAGGGUCAGGAUGUGCUCCUAUUUAUUGACAACAUUUUCCGCUUUACCCAAGCUAACUCUGAGGUGUCUGCUUUGCUUGGACGUAUUCCAUCUGCUGUUGGUUACCAGCCAACUCUGGCAACUGAUCUUGGAGGCCUUCAAGAGCGUAUUACAACUACCAAGAAAGGUUCCAUUACCUCUGUGCAAGCUAUUUAUGUGCCUGCUGAUGACUUGACAGAUCCUGCUCCUGCCACAACCUUUGCUCACUUGGAUGCAACAACUGUGUUGUCUCGACAGAUUUCUGAGCUUGGUAUCUAUCCUGCCGUCGAUCCUUUAGAUUCUACAUCUCGAAUGCUUUCCCCGCACAUUUUGGGUGAGGAACACUACAAUACUGCUCGUGGGGUACAAAAGGUUCUCCAGAACUACAAAAAUCUGCAAGAUAUUAUUGCUAUUUUGGGAAUGGAUGAGCUCAGUGAAGAUGACAAGCUGACCGUUGCUCGUGCACGUAAAAUUCAGAGGUUUUUGAGCCAGCCUUUUCAUGUUGCAGAAGUGUUCACUGGUGCUCCUGGCAAGUACGUGGAAUUAAAAGAGAGUAUUACUAGCUUCCAGGGAGUAUUGGAUGGAAAAUACGACGACCUUUCAGAACAGUCGUUUUACAUGGUUGGAGGUAUUGAUGAAGUCAUUGCUAAGGCAGAGAAGAUUGCCAAGGAAUCUGCAUCUUAGACAAAUCUCUUCCCUUCCCUCAAGUAUCCUUGUUGCCUUGUCUUGAUAAUUGCGAAAUCCAAUAAUUUAGGAGGUGCUGGCAGUGCCAGGCAAUGGGAUUGUUCAUUUUUUGAGAUCGAAUGUAUCAGGAUUUUUCCAUUUCUGUUUUUAAUCAUAUUAUUGUAGAGUGUGAAAGAGAAAUGGAGCCGACAGUCUGCCCCUUUUUUCUUGGUGUUUAAAAUAACGGGGAAAAGAAAGCGGACAUGUAUAUUUUUACCUUUUGUGUGUUGGAAACAUUGAAAUCUGUCGAUUA